AUGCCCAGGAACGGCUUCUUCUUCUUGUUCAUGGCUGCGACUACGGCCAAAGCCGGGAAGGCAGGGGACGAGGCUCCGCUGUCAAAGGAGUCGCGGCCUCCCGUCACCCACACCCCGGAAGCAAAGCGCUCUCGGUGGCGGGUCCAGCGGGCGAGGGCGCAGACGCUGCAACGCCGCCUUGUGGCCGGGCGUCACGAGGCUACACCUCCGGACGAACCCCGGGCAGACCUGCCUGUGCGAGCAGGACGCGCGGGGCUUCCCACGCCGCCCUUCGGGCCCUGGUCACUUCUGAGCGGAGCUGCACACCUGUCUGUGCGUGCGACCUGCGUGCAGACCGCUGCCCUUCGCUUUCGGCGCUCAGGCUCCUGGGCCCCAGGUCGGCCACCCCUGCACACAGCCACUGCCCACUUCAGCUUCUGCCGGACCCUCCUGGAGCACACAGUGUCUGCAGAAAGCAUCCCUUACCACCGGCCUCGGACGCCAGGCACCAGCCUCACGUGGCACGACUCCCGCAGCCAGAGGGCUGCCGGCAGCAGGCCCAUCAAGCUCCUGCAGCAGCCUGGCACAGAGACCCCCCAGGGCCAGCUGUACUCUGACCACUAUGGCCUGUACCACACCAGCCCCUCGCUGGGCGGCCUGACGCGACCCGUGGUCCUGUGGAGUCAGCAGGACGUCUGCAAAUGGCUCAAGAAGCACUGCCCCCACAACUACCUCGUCUACGUCGAGGCCUUUUCCCAGCAUGCCAUCACUGGACGGGCGCUGCUGCGACUGAAUGCAGAGAAGCUGCAGCGCAUGGGGCUGGCACAGGAGGCCCAGAGACAGGAGGUGCUGCAGCAGGUACUCCGACUGCAGGUGCGCGAGGAGGGGCGGAGCCUGCAGCUGCUCAGCCAAGCUUCCUUCGGAAGCAUGUCCUAGCUGCUGCCCAGGCUUGAACCCCAGACCCCAGCACUGUGACCGAAGCCCAUGGCCAAGAACGAGGCAGAGCUGGCCAGGCAGUCCCUCUUGGACCCUGCAGGAUGCCCUAGUGGUCGAGUCCAGACCAACGGACAGGCGGGACCAGGAUCACCACCUCCAGGAGCCUCUGGUUGGGCACUCCAGGCAAUGCCCUGCAGCUGGUUAGGCAGAGAGCUGCUUGCAUGUGGCCCCUCCUCCUGAGCCCAAGCCCACCCCCUGGUGCUGCUGGCAGCAUUGGGGACAGCUGCCUAGAGCCAGAGUAGGGGUUUGGAUGUCCCCCAGACUCCCAGGGAGCCUGAUUAUUUACAUUCCCUUCACCACGAGAUGUCAGACCCCCAUGGUUCCAGUGCCUGUUGAGCCAUGUUUCUGUCCACCUGGCCGUUCGGUUCUGCGCCCUCCCUUGGCCGCACAGGUGGGAUAAACUGUCCAGGCUCCCUUUUGCUUGUACCCCUUUCCUGCCCCUGCCAGGGCCCAGGAAACCUAAGCCACCAUCCAGAGUGAUGGUCAUCAGCACCUGCCCACUCGGCUGGGCACCUGCUGAGUGCUUUCACUCACUAUUUAAAAGCACCCUCACCACACCCUGUCUAUUGACAAGAACUGAGGCCAACAGAGACCCGGGACUGCCCAAGCCCCAGAGACAGAAAUGGCACAACAAGGACUCCAGCCCUGGCCAGGGGACUCCACACCCAGCAUCCACCCAGCUCAGCAGUGCUCUGGCGUUUUGUUUGGGAAAGCCUUGCUUGUUAGCAUGUGUCCGGCCGCCAGGUUCAUGGAGACCACCUUUGAGACACAGUCACGUGUGGGUAUUCCCACUGCUGCUUUCCCAGGAAAACUUGGAAGUCACACCAGAGUCUGUGCAAAGGGCCAGGAGCCUGGGCAGCCCCUCCCUGAGUGGCUUGGAGCUGGUGCUGCCUGGCAAAGGGACAGUGCCGGAGGCACCUGGCAGACCCCACCCUCUUGCUCCUCUGCCCUCCCCAACUGCCCUUGGGGACUCUGAAAUUCUCAGGGACAGAUGAGGCUGAGCCCCCGUUCCCUCUAUGUAUCCUGAACUGGCCUUAGGCUCAAGGUCGGUCAUUGCAGGUCCCAAGUGAAAUUUGGGCAGCUGGCCUGGCACCUCUCAUCAAGCGUGCCCCCGCCCCAUGGGGAGGCCCCUCAUCCCUGUCCAGCUGUCCUGAGUAUCCCCACCUGCCUUGUGCCAUCAGACUUUGUCCACAGGCCCCUUCCCGUUACUGCUCCUCUCCCCUUUGUCUUGCCUCCCCCCCCCAGCAUUCCUGUCUCAUCUUCCUUCUAUUGUGCUCACUUUUUUAUACUCUGAUGAAAAAUCAGAAAUAAACCUGGUUCUCAAACGGCA